GGCAAGCUAGCUAGCCACCCAUCCAUCCAUUCCCACGGCCACAAUGGCUCGAUGGGCACACACUCAUACAGCCACAAGGCCACUCGCGCCACACAUGUGCUAGCAGAUGAGUACACAGCUCUCUUGUACCUGCUCUCAGAUAUAGCUCCAGGAGCAACUUUGUAUUACCCGACAUGUACACCGCAUAUAUAUUCAGACAUGCAGCAGUAGGAGUAUUAUCUCUCUGGAGAGCUACGAAGCUGGGUAAAUCACCGCGUGUUGUUUGCCCAAUCCCGUUCCUUGACCUCCAAAGCAGUCUUGCCCUCACCACAAGCCACCUCGUGGCAUCUGUCGUCUCGCGAACCCGCCCGCAAGAUAACCCCGACAGUUGGCGCCCACCGUGGGGGGUACUAUGAUACCACAACUGCCGCGGAACCGCGGUCCGGGCGGGACCACUUUCUUCAUCAUCCGCGGCGUUGCGCCGUCGCUCCGGUUGCGCUCGGGGGCUCGACAACAACACGCCUCCGAGGCGACCGCACGGGACGGCGCGUCCCCCUCGUUGGCCUCGCCAUUUUCGUCAUCACCGCGGCGUCGUCGUCGUCUUUCCGGUAGCGCUAGGGGGACCGAUGUCGACACGCCCCCGAAGCGGCCGCGAGGGGUGGUGCGUACUCACCGCCGGCCUCGCCCUCUUCUUCUUCGCCGCCGUGGCACCACCGUCGCCCCAAUCGCGCUCGAGGGCUCGAUGUCAACACGCCCCCGAGGCGACCGUGCGGUACGCCGCGUCCUCGUCGUCAGCCUCGGCGCCGUUCGUCUCGUCACCAGCUUCGCUUUUUUUUUCUCCUCGGGCUCGCCACCACGGGCUGCUCCCAGUCCCAGAUAAUCUCAUACCAUAGCCAUGCACUAGCCCAUACAAUACACUUGCACAUCCCAGUUAGACAUUUCCCGUGCAAUGGCCGGAUACUAGUCAGACAAUGGCCAGAUAAUUAUCAUACAUGUCUCAGACACAAGUCGUAGAUGUCUCAGAUACUCAUUCCAGACUAUGGCCAGACUAGUAGCGCGCCUGUGCUCUUCUCCGCCGGCGCGGUCAUGCUGCCGCCCCGCUUGCCUCCACUCUGCUCUGCCCACGCGUGUGCGCAGCCGUCUCCGCUCGCAUCCAGCCACCACGCCCGCCAUCGCCCUGCUGCUCCUCCCUGCAUUCGAGCGCUCGACAGGCAUCCAGGGCCUCCUCUGCCCCGGGCACCUCCGCUUCCGUAUGUCGCCGCGACGGCCGGCCCCGUCUCCUGCGUCUGCGCCGCCCCGCGGCCUUCUCCUCCUCGGUGCCGCGACGGCGGCCCCAUCCGCGCCGCCGCCCCGGCAACGUCCCAACAGACGCGCCCCAUCACCGCGGCGACUCGCUUCCACGCCCCCGCGCCCGCAGCUCCCCAUCACCGGCCUCCGCGCGCCGCGUCGACCCCCUACAUCUCCUCUGCCCGCGGCCGGACGCCCCGCGCCCGCCGGCUUCGCCCGGGCCGGCUCCGCCUCCGCCCGCGGCUUUGCCUCCCCGCGUCGGCGCCGGGUCCGGCUCCCCGCGUCGACCCGGCCACCCCACGCCGGGUCCGGCUCCCCGCGUCGACCCGGCCGCCUCACGCCGAGUCCGGCUCCCGCGCAGCCCCUCGGCUGCCACGCCCCUCGCCGCCUCCGGCUCGGUGCCCCGCCCGCCGGCCUCGUCUUCAACCCGGCCCUCGCCCGUGGCCCCCAUCCGGCCGGCUCCCGCGUGCCCUGCCGGCUUCGCUCGCGCGCCCCCGCCGGGUCCGCCUCGCCCGGCCGGCCGCGUCGCCACCUUGCGCGCGGGUUCCGCGCCCCUGCCUGCGCCGCGUCCGGCUCCCGCACCGGCCCCUGCGUGCGGCCGCCUCCGUGCCCGGCCGGCACCCGCCCCCGGCCGCCUGCCGGCCCCUCGCUCGCCGGUUUCAGGCAUGCGCGCUGCUCAAAUGCCACGGACGGAUGCUGCAUGCAAAAAAGAAAAGUCAACCGUCUGAAAAAAAAAGAAAAAGAAAGUGCAGGAAGGCCGGGUCGCGCGCGCUACCCGGAAGUCCUGGUUGCUCCCGCUACUCGGCCACUCAGAAAGAAAAUUAAGAAAAAGAAGAUAUGUCCGGCUGCUGCAGUCGCGACCUACCCGCGUCACCGUCUGGCCGCCCAGUCCGCCUGCCAGCUUUGACGCCUGGCCGGCUGGGGGCCCGACCCGGCCGCUCAUCCGCCUCGACGCCUGACCGUCCCGGUCCGCUGGCUGGGGCACCUCUCGAGCCACCCGGAGGCUUGGAGGCUGCAUCCAGUGGGCGAGAUGCGCCGGCAAUCAUCGACCUCGUCCUUCGCCUCGUCUGCAUCAAAUCAAUCCUCCUCGCCCGGAGGCUCGGAGGCUACACGCGGGUUGCGGACCCGACGCCGGCCGCAACCGGCGUUUCCAUCGCCGGUAUCCACAUCAUCAACAGCAAGACCCUCCGUGCAACUUCUCCAAGUUGCCCGGAGGCUCGGAGGCUACACCCAGUGCGCUCGCGCGCCCCCACUCAGUCGGCGGACUCCGCGUCCGCGCCCGGCAGGGCCCUGCGCCCCUCAGCCGGCGGACUCCGCGUCCGCGUCCAGCGCCCUCGACGUCACUGUCGGCUUCAUCAACAGCAAUGAAGACCCUCCGCCCAACUUUUCCAAGUUGCCCGGAGGCUCGGAGGCUACAUCCAGUGGGGGCGCUCGCGCGCCCCCACUCAGCCGGCGGACUCCGCGUCCGCGCCUGGCUCCCUCGACAUCAUCGUCGGCUUCAUCAUCAACAACAAGACCCUCCACGCAAAUUUUCCAAGUUGCCCGGAGGCUACACCCAGUGGGUGCGCUCGCGCGCCCCCACUCAGCCGGCGGACUCCGUGUCCGCGCCCGGCAGGGCCCUGCGCCCCUCAGCCGGUGGACUCCGCGUCCACGCCCAGCGCCCUCGACAUCACCGUCGGCUUCUUCAACAACGGCAAGACCCUCCGCGCAACUUUUCCAAGUUGCCCGGAGGCUCGGAGGCUACACCCAGUGGGUGCGCUCGCAUGCCCCCACCCGAAACACGCCGUGCCUGUUGCACGCCCGUCGCCGGCUGCAACCGGCAUCUACUGCUUCAUCGACGCCCGCUAAAAACCCUCCGCGCAACUUUUCCAAGUUGCCCGGAGGCUCAGAGGCUACUGUCGGGGGGAUGACCACCGGGUAGGCCAAAGACUGUGAACACGCUUCAAAAACAUCGGGACCAACAACGCCCCUCAAUCCGGCUCGCACUUUGCCGGGUUGCUCAACCCGGCCAAGUCCGUCAACCCGGCCGGACUCCUCAACCCAGCCGCCCGGCCGGGUCCCUGUCCGGCUGCUCCAGCCGGCCCGCUACGCGAAGUCAACUGCGACAUCACAUCCGACGCGACACCGACAAGACGGCCAUACUGUUCACUCGUCACACACAUCAUUAUCUACAGUGUACUUUGUCCCCGGGCAUUGAUUUAUAAAAUGCCCCAGGGACAAAACUUAGCCUAGCUCCCAAGCUACACACGGCUUGGGAUGUAAGCUACACUAGCUUACAUCCCAAGCACACAGCCAUGCCCAUCUAGCUUACACCCAAAGCUAGCUCACAC